CUUUUUGAGCCCUUCCUCUGGAUUUUUCUUCUCUCCUUGUUUAAAUUCACUUAGACGUAAUUGCUUCCCACAGGUCUUCCUCUUGCUGUCACGCUGCAGUCUAUCAUGUGAUGACACUACGCGUGCUUGUUUUUGGGAGCCUGCACUUUGGCUCAGUGGAAGAGAGACCUAGCUUCCAUCUUAUGAAUGGGUCCAGUAGCUGUGCGGUUAAGUCCAACAUGACUUCUUCUGCUGUGCCGUCAUUGGUAGCGUAGAAUGAAACUGUUCUUCACUUUGUGAAACUUUAUGACAAGUAUUUUAAAUGGCAGAGGAGGUUUUAAUCCCACCAACUGGCAAAAUAAACCCGCAUCUUACAGGCUCACUAUUGGCUGUGGCUUUUCUGACUUCCUUUGGGAGUUCCAUGCUCUAUGGAUACAAUUUAGCUGUGGUCAACUCUCCAGCUGUGUAUAUCAAGGACUUCUACAACAAAACAGCGUUAAGCCGCAAUGGAACUGGUCUCAAUGGGGAGACAUUGACACUGAUGUAUUCACUCACCGUGUCUGUUUUCGCAAUUGGUGGUCUACUGGGUUCUUUGAUAGUGGGUGUGCUGGUCACCCGCUUUGGCAGGAAAGGCACAGUGGUAAAAACAACAGUUCUGGUGUUUAUUGCUGGUUCACUAAUGGGCUUUAGCAGAAUCUGUGGUUCACCUGAAAUGGUCAUACUCGGUCGUUUCAUCACCGGGAUUCACUCAGGAAUCUCUCUAAGUGUUGUUCCAAUGUACCUCGGUGAGAUCGCACCAAAGAACCUCAGGGGCUUUCUGGGUCUGGUGCCAAGUAUCUUUAUUGGCACUGGAGUCUUUGCUGCUCAAAUCCUUGGACUGCAAGAACUGUUAGGAAAGGAAGAACACUGGCCUCUAUUUCUGUCUGUGGUGGUGGUGCCUACAUUUGUCCAGUUGAUGCUGUUGCCAUGGUUCCCAGAGAGCCCCAGAUACUUGCUGAUUGAGAAGCACAAUGUCCAUGCCACCAUCACAGCUCUGAAGUGGUACAGAGCCAAUUGUAAUAUCCAGGCUGAGAUUGAGGAGAUGCAAGAAGAGCAGCGUUCUUUGUCAUCACUGGAGACACUGUCAGUGUGGAAUCUGCUCCUUGAUGACACAGUUCGCUGGCAGGUCCUCAGUGUGGUGGUCAUCAACAUCGGGAUGCAGCUCUCUGGAAUUGAUGCUAUCUGGUUCUACACCAAUGACAUAUUUAAGAACGCAGGGAUCCCGACAGCAGAGAUCCCAUACACUACAGCAGGCACAGGAGUAAUAGAGAUCAUUGCUGGACUCAUUGGGUGUUUCACCAUAGAGAAGCUGGGGAGGCGGCCUCUUAUGGUUGGAGGCUUCACCAUAAUGGGCAUCUGCAGUGCUGGCAUUACAUUCACCCUAAUUUUACAGACUCAUUUAUCUUUAAUGCGGUAUGUGAGUGUCUGUUGUGUCGUCGGCAUCAUCGCUGGAUUCUGUAUCGGCCCAGCGGGAGUCCCUUUCUUGGUCACUGCUGAGUUGUUUAAACAGUCCCACCGCCCUGCAGCCUACAUUGUGGGAGGAUCUCUCAACUGGCUUUCCAAUUUCACUGUGGGCUUUGUCUUCCCCUUCUUACAGAUGUCAGCUGGGUCUUACUGCUACUUGGUCUUUGCCAGCAUUUGUCUGUCUGUGGCCGUCUAUGUCUACGCAGUCAUACCUGAGACCAAAAAUAAGACAUUCAUGGAGAUAAGUCGCUUGUUCUCCAAGAAGCAGCCUGUUGUAGAGACCCAGUCCCUUCUUCUACUGGAACAGCUGAAGCUGAAGAAGAUGAAUGGCUAUGGAGGUGUAGAACAUCAUUCACUGGAGUUUGAGAGCUCUUCCUUCAUAGCUUAACAAUAGUUUGAAUUUGUACUCAGACUUCAGAAAACUGUUGUCAAAUGGUUUUAAUGUUUGUUGAGAGAAUAUGACGUCAAGCAUAUGGUUUGUUUUGUAAAAACUGACUGUACACUAUGCAUGGGACUGAACCUAAAAAUGUUGCUUAACUGGGACAACCAACUGCUUGUGUGAUAUUGGGUGUGUGCAAUCCAAGUACAGAAACACAAAUUAAUCCAUUUAUUAAAUACUGCAUAUAUGGUACACAUAACAUAAACUGCUGUUAUUGGGAUUCCAGUAUUGAAUGUGUGUUAUUUGACAUGUCUUUUUAACAAUCAUACUGCAGAGCAUUUUAUGAGCUACUUUGGGAAAUAUGUAAUUGAUAGUAUAUUAAAAUACAUGUACUGAUAUCUUGAAGCUGUGGGCAAGCAAGAUGAAUUUAACAGCGCUCCUUAUUUUGUUUUACCUUUAUUUGGCCGGCCCUGUGGUUCAGAAAUUCCAGUUGCGAUGUAGCAGAUGCAUCCGUGUAUAAAAUUAAACAAACCACCACUGCUGCCAAUGUACUGUAGUCACCCUGUUCCCUGUUUCAAGAGCAGAGUGCACGAGGUAGGCUAAAAGCCUGUGCUGCCGAUUAGCACCGAGCUAGUUGGCUUCAGCCCUCAAAGUGUUUGGGGAAUGAAGUUGGAGAGGAACUUUAAUCAAUCAAAUUGUAUUUAGAUCGCACUUUUCAUGCAUAAAAAUGUGACGCGAAGUUCUGUGCAACUAACACAAGCCAAAAUACAACAUAUGAGGGGACAAUGCAUACACAGAUAUUUAUCCCCGCUGGCAUGCCUGCACUCAUGCAUACACACAUGCCCACACAUAACUUGAUAAACUAUGUUACAAAAGACAUGGCAAGGUACAGAGAAACUAUAUGAGGAUUUUUCCUCACAUGGCGGUGAAGACACAUGUCUCAAGGGAGCAAUUGACUGUGUUUAAAAUCUGUUCCUCAAAGAAUCCAAACAAUGUUUUUAAAAGUGAUUGUAGCGAUUGACAGGCCGUAAAUUAUCAUCAGGUCCAGGGUGUGUCCUCGGUUGUGAGUCAGCUGCAAGGCAUGCUGUUUAAAAUCCAAACUGUUUAAAAGGUUUGAAAAUUUUCUGCACAGUGGAUCCAAGAUGUCGUCAAUGUGCAUAUUAAAUUCACCAGUUAUUGAAAUUCUCGUAUAAGUGGAAUGUAAAAUCAAUAAGAACCCUGAAAACUCGAAUAAAAGAUGUGGAGCGCUGGGGAGACCUGUAGACCAUGAGAGAAGAGUAGGACGGCUAAAAACAAAGGCAUGGUUUUUAAAAGGUAAAUGCUCCUGCUGUGCCACUAGUCGUCCUUGGUUGGGCAGAACUUUAAUAUUCUUAUAUGAGUCAAAGGAAACCUUGGUCGAUUAGUCUGUCAGGAGUUCUCUGCAACAGAAUCGGAUUCCACAAACAGACAUAAAUAAGAGUUGACAAACUUAUAAACAUGCAACGCCGACAAAGUAAGACAGCAAAAGACCCC